CUGAAGAGUACGUGGUAAAUGCAAACCUCGCCGCGAUUCGCUAUCAGCAACGUCUUGAUCUUCUCCAUCCUGCUUCUGCUUGCCUUUCACUUCGUAAACCCGUCUUCGUAACGAUCGAGAAAGAGCACAAAAUCAGGAAGAGGGAACACACUGUCACGGCAAAGACCUGGCCUGAUAAUGCCCCAUCUUUCCGCCGCGCAAGUCCCGGGUGCGACUACCAGCCUGGGUCUUGAUAAGCCCAACCCCUCCAUCAUCCAUUGGAAGAGGGGUUCGACUCGAACGGGGGUAACAACCCUGCCCUCUAGCUCUCGAAGGACUCCUCCUAACCAAGGCGACGUCAUCCACAUUCUGAGCUUCGCGGAUCGGAUGUGAUUGUGUUUCUAACGAUCAAGUCUCUUUCAACCAAGUCCUCUCCAUCUCAUCGUAGCGGGACAACAUCAAUCAUGCCGCCCAUCAAGAAAAAGAUCCAUAUCAACGUCGACCUGGGCGAAGCAUUCGGCAACUUCAAAUGCGGGCCGGACGAAGAAUUGAUCCCGUUGAUCGACCAUGCCAACAUCGCCUGCGGCUUCCACGGAGGCGACCCGAUGGUCAUGCAAGAGACCGUCCGAGCGUGCAAGAAGCACGGCAUAGCCGCUGGUGCACACCCCGGACUGCCUGACCUGCAAGGCUUCGGGAGACGAGAGAUGAAGAUGAGUCCAGAAGAACUCACCGCCCUGACGCGCUACCAAAUCGGAGCCUUGCAAGCCUUCCUGGACGCAGAAGGCCUCCCUCUGCACCACGUGAAACCGCACGGCAUCCUGUACGGCAUGAUGUACAAAGACAAAGAAACGUGCCGAGCAGUCUACGCCGCAGUACCCAAAGGCGUACCCGUCUUCGGUCUCCCAGGCACGCUCCACGAAGAAGUAGCAAACGAAAUGGGCAUCCCAUUCUUCGCCGAACUCUACGGCGACGUAAAGUACAACAACGAAGGCCAACUCGUCAUCGACCGGAAAAAGAAACCGUGGACGGCCGAGGAGACGAAGAAGCACAUUUCCUCGCAAGUGGAUGACUCCUCCGUCACAGCCGUGAGCGGCGAGGAGUUGAAAAUCGAUACCAAAGACUACCCCGUCACGCUGUGCUGUCAUAGCGACUCGCCGGGCGCGGUGCAGAUUGUCACGGCGGCGAGGGAGAUUGUGGACGGGCAUAAUAAGAGGCAUGCUUGAAGGGUAUGAAUGA